AUGGCCUUCUCCAAGUAUCAAAAUCUUGAUUGGGACUUUGAUCGUGCAACUUUGGUUGCAAAACUGCUUCCCCUGCUUCCAGAAACCGCGGGAUUGUUGGGCGUCUUAUACAUUCUCUACGGCAUUGGUCUUGGCAUUUAUCGAUUAUUCUUUAGCCCUAUCGCCAAAUUCCCAGGUCCCAAACUUGCGGCCUUUACGCAAUGGUAUGAGUCUAGGGGCUUUUCAUGGAAGUUACUAACUCCUUCCAACAGUCCAAUCGUGAGAAUAAACCCUUGGGAGCUCCAUGUCGACGACCCGGAAUUUCACGACACCAUUUAUGCAACAAACAAAGCAUACGACAAGAUGACCCAUUUCCAGUUCCGUUUCAAUGUCCCCUUGGCCACUUUCAGCACGGCCGACUCAGAGGAACAUCGUAUGCGUCGUACAGCCAUCGCUCCGUUUUUCUCUAAAUCUCGAAUCCGUGGGCGGGCCUACCAGAUCCAGUCAAUCAUAGACGGAAUAUCCUAUCGUUUGCUGACAGAAUACGCUGGGAAGGGCAAAGUCCUCAGCGUUGAGAACAUGUGGGGUUGUUUCACCGCCGAUGCUAUUAUGGAUAUCGUGUUCGCUCGACCCAAGCAUUUCUCACAAUACCCUGAUUUUGCAUCGCCGUUUACGGUUGCCCUUCGCCAGAUGGCCGUCUGGUCUCAUACCACCCUCCAUUUUGGUUGGAUCUUGACUCUGAUGAAUUGCAUCCCAAAUGCCGUGACUAAAGUCCUGUUUCCUCCUUUCAACCCUGUCCUUGAAUUUCAAGAGGAAAUGGAUAAAGAAAUUAAAGAGGUCCUUGCUGGUCGCAAUGAGGAAGCCAAGGUCGCAACACUACCCACCGUUUUCCACGACAUCUUGAGCUCAAACCUCCCACCACACGAAUUGUCAUUGAAGCGCCUGUCUCAUGAAGCAGUAAGCCUCGUUGGUGCUGGGACCGAGACGACCGCAUGGUCGUUGACCAUUGGAACUUGCCAUAUCCUCGAUAACCCUCACGUCCUCAAGCAAUUAAAGGACGAGCUGAUUAAAGCUAUGCCCGAUCCCAGCAAGCCUCUUUCAAUUGCCGAGCUAGAACAAUUGCCUUACCUCGAUGCUGUCGUUAAGGAGAUCCUCCGCAUCGCCUUUGGCGGCGUGGAACGCCUGCCCCGCAUCAACCGAACCGGCGCCUGGUUCUACGGCAAAUGGGUGAUACCCCCAGGUACGCCCGUAGGAAUGGACCAAUACCACAUGCAUUUCAACGAACAGAUAUUCCCGGAACCCAGCGUCUUCAAGCCCGAGCGCUGGCUCGGCAACCCGCGCGGUCCCGACGGCACCAAGCUCCUAACGUACUAUCUCACGACGUUUGCUAAAGGCACCCGUAUGUGCACGGGUCUAUAUCUGGCGUACGCAGAGAUCUAUAUUGGGCUGUCGACGCUGUUUCGGAGACAUGACUUUGAGCUUUUCGAGACGACGCGCAGGGAUGUGGAGUUCUAUGCGGAGUUUUUGAAGGCAAGUCCUUGGCCGGGUAGUAAGGGGGUGCGGGUUCUGGUUAAGUAG